CCGUUGUUCUUUUCCAGUUAGCAACAACCGCGCUACGCCUUCUCCGAUAUUCGACGGCAGCUCGGACUCUGAGCCUACCCUAGCCUUCACAUAGAUCCGCCCCUGAUUACUUGCCACUACUCCGCCGCUGCUCCACUGCCGUGGUUGCUCCACCACCGCCGCUGCUCUUUCUCAGUCACUUGGAAAAUUGUCGACGAUAAUGUUUAACGUGCCCAUUUUUAAGGGCAACUGGUGAAUUUGUCGUAGAAACAGAAUGAAAUGAUUUUGGUAGUUCAAUGGUUCAACAAGUAUAUGGCGAUCUAGCGUUGGUCGCGGCCCUCAAUUUUUGGUCGUGACACCGGCAAGUACAUGGAGAUAUGGCAAUGCGCUGCAUCAAAUCAUUGAGAGUUAUUGUAUCUACGAAAGAAGCAGUUAGAAUAGUGGACCAACGAACAUUUGCUACUAGUACUAGCAAAGCGAAAAAGGGGGGCAAAGGCGGAGCAGCAGCCGAUGCGCAAAAGGAAACACUCAGCAAAGAAGUUAAGUCUACCACCGUAGUUGGUGCCAACAUUCUCAAGGAUGGAGCAGAUCCUAAGGUUCUGCCAGAUUCUGAAUACCCUGAUUGGUUGUGGCAUCUACUUGAUAAACAUCCCCCGCUAAGUGAACUUCGAAGAAAAAAUAUUGAAACUCUCCCCUUCGAGGAUCUCAAACGCUUUGUCAAGCUGGACAACCGUGCAAGUAUCAAGGAAAAUAAUUCUGCCAAGGCCAAGAAUUAAGAUAAAGCAAUUUGUACCUUUUCUUUUCUUGGAUCACCCUUGUGAUCGAAUUGCAUUAAGUUAAAUGCGAGGGAAUGCAGAGAUGUUUUAGAAUAUAUCGUUGUCUCAAGGUACCUCUCCUAGAUUAUUUUUAUCUCCUUUACUUGUUGCUUUCUUUUUAGAACAUUGCAUGCUGUUUAAAUACCGCGGGCUGUCGUGAAAAUUGAAUUUUAUCGA